AUGGAUUAAUAAGCAAGGAGGAUUAAUACUUCCCUUUCUAUGAGUAAUGCAACAUCAGUUUAUACUUUGCGAAAUUAUAUGUUAAAAAAAUUUAAGUAACUGCUAAACAAUCUAAGUCAUGGUAAAAUUUUGAAAAAUGAGGUGAGUAAUUUAGAUUUGGAGCCUUGUAUUUAAUUAAGAGGUGGUGGUUGUUGUGGAACGAAACAAAUUCAUUCUGAUAUAAUAUAAGGCAAUUAAAAUUUUGAAGAAAAUUUUGCAUCCAAAUUAUAAACUUAUACUAAUAUCAUUAUUGAAAAAUCGUUGAGCUUUCAAGAUAAGAUGAAUCAAGAGGAAAUCAUGACUGCAUUUUAAUGGUUUCACAACCACAAAGAGUAAUUUAAUAUUAUUUGUAAAGAUGAUGCUUUAAACUCAUAAUUUUAUGAACUUAUAGAAAGGAUUGUAGAAUAAUUAAUGAAAUAACUUAUAAUUUAUUUAAAACUCUCUGGGUUCCUAUUCUAUUUGUUACUCUAAAUUUGUAAUGAUUUAUUUAGAAUAAUAUUUUCAUAUUAAUCAAAGAAUGGAGAAAGGUACAUGUAAGAGGAGUUACAUAAGAGAUUUUUAGAAUAUAUUUAAGAAAUCGAGUCUUAAAUCUAAGUAGAAGCGAUUAAUAUUUGGCUUAAUGGAGUAGAUUUUGAGCUCAAGAUGAUUAAGACUUGUAUUGCUCAUUGUAGGACAAACUCUGAAAAAGGGAAGGAAUUAGCCAUAUCUAUUAUGUCUGGAUUGAUCUCAUCGCNGUAAAAACUGUUAUUUAAUAGAUUUGGGAAUAAAGUGUAAAUUAAUAAUUGAAAUAUCUAGUUACAAUUAGAGAGUUAAAGAAAAAUUCUUUUUGGUUAUUAAUUAAUAAUAAAAAUAAUAAGCAUUAGAAAUAACUGCAAAUAGUGAUUCAUCUUUUUUCUCUUUCCUCAAAUAAAACUAAGCCUCUAUAAAAAUCUAGUUUAUUACAUAUAUCAAGCUAAUCAUUUUGUAAAAAUCUUUAAGAUAAUGA